AUGCAGAAUCUGUAUCUGUUCUUUGCUUCAUGCAGUCCCUUGCUCAUUUCUUCAACCCCUUUUUUCCAAUUCAGAAUACAGGAGCACAAGCAUCAGGCUGAUCUGGCCAAACUAGAAGAUAAAAGAGAAGGGGAACAAAUACAGAGACUGUACCAAUUGUACCAACUGGAAAUUCAGAGUGAAAAAGAAACAAAACAAGGGGAAAACGCUGAAUGCCGGAGGCAGUAUCAUGAGCAUGUAGCUGAGCAGAAAAAAAUGAAAGCUGAAGAUAAACAAAAAGAAGAUGAAGAGGAUGAUCGGAUUAAGGCUUAUAUUAAAGGAAAAGAAACGAUGGCUGAUUUGACAAGAGAAAAAGGUGUAGAGACUAAUAGGAUAAUACAGGAGCAUAAGGACAAAGCUGUUGGACAAUUAACUGCACAGAUGAAUGAGGCAUGUAAGAUUGAAGACCGACGUAUUGCUAGAGGAGCUGCAGAGGUAGAAUAUGAAUACCAAAUGAAAAACAAAGAGAAAGAAUUACAAAAAAGAGCUGCCAUUGAAUCUAUUACUGAACACAGAGGAACUGUGAUGAAGAUGAAAGCAGAAAAGGAGAGAGAGGAAAAAGCAGAGGGUAAGAAGGAUUAUAAUGAGUGGAUGACAGCAGAUAGCAUCUCAUUGGAAAUGGAGAAGGCCAAGAAACAAAGCCAACGUGAUGCAAGCAUGGAAGUACAGAAAAUUCAGAUCCAGCAAAUGGCUGAAAAAAAGGCAAGAAAGCAGCAAGAAAAGCAAGCAGAUUUGGACUAUGAUGCUCAGAGAGAAGCUGCUUUCUCUAGGGAUCGAGCAUUUCGUCGAUAAAGAUGUGUUCCUUUUACUACUUCAAGCUUUAUUGAAGAAGUAGAAAGAAUGUAAACUUUUAUUAAAACCUUUUGAUAGCAGAAGCUGGAGCCUUGAGAAGAAGGCAUUGACUACAGAAGUGGUGCUGAAAUCUGCAGAGCUUAAUAAUGCUCCAAGUACAGCCCUAAGGGCGUAUUUGCACAUGCUCACUACCAUGCAUCUGGUGAGUUAAAUGGGUUUUAGUGUGCCUCCACAGCAGCAAGAAGCGAGGUGGACUGCAGGCUCAUUUCCUACUCAGCUUCAAGAAAUGCCCUGUUCUGCAGUUUAGGUGCAUUUGAAGGCUAUAGCCUGCUUCU